GCGGGCGGGCGGAGCCUCGGUGUCCCCGGCAUUAGCUACAGAAGAAGAACUGCGUUUUGUCCGGGAAGAAACCACCACUCAGACAGCAGCUGCAGUGUUAAGAAGAGACGAAGAUGCCAGUGGACUGAAGACUUAGGCCAGGAGGUCACCAUGGAAACGUGACGUUUGACACUGACACGUUUUAUCUGAUGUGAUGAGAUGACUCUGAACUGUAGUGACAGUUAGUUACUUUCAGUAAUGGAGUUCCCCCAGCAUUCCAAGCAGCUGCUGUCAGCUCUGCGUUCCCAGCGCCAGCGGGGGUUCCUCUGUGACUGCAGUGUCUUGGUGGGCUCAUCCCAUUUCCUGGCUCACAGGGCUGUUUUGGCCUCCUGCUCGCCUUUCUUCCACAUGUUCUACUCCGACCCUCAAGGGGUCAUUGAUGGAAAUGGCACCAGCAGCUCUGUCACACUUGACAGCGACAUUGUCACGGCGGCUGCAUUUGGCUUGCUCUUGGACUUUGUCUAUGAAGGCGUGCUGCAGCUGGGCGAGUCUCCGCCAGUGGAGGACAUAUUGGCGGCUGCAAGCUUUCUGCACAUGAACGAGGUGGUGAGAGUCUGCAAGAGACGGCUGCAGAGACGGGGGCCUCUUGCUGAGGCAGACAGCACUCGCUCCGAAGAGAGCGCUGGUGCCAGGAGGGCAAUAGAGACAGGGAGGGAGGGUGGGGGUGACUGUGGAGCUGAGCCGGUGGAGGCCAUGGCAGGAGAUCACUUAAAUCCAGUUGCCAUAGAAGCAACGUUCUCAUCAGUAUCUAGAAUGGCAGAGAGGAGUCAGUUGGAGUCUGUAAAGUCUGAGGGGAGGAUUGGUGGGGGGUCAUCAGAAGCACGAGUUCAGACUCCUCUGAGCCCUGACCUCGCUGAUACCACACAGCCAGGCAUGGACACCCCUCUGCUGCCUCCAGGCGGAGAGCUGGUGCAGGGCCUCAUCACAGGCCGCUCUGCCCCAGCCUCAGGAGGUAGCGCCAGGUUGGGGACUGGAGGUUGUGGAGAGGGGUCAGCACUCUGCAGCCCUUGCAGCACCACUGAAACAUACAGGUGCAGCCAAAGCAAUAACCAGCAGCCCUCCUCGUCUUCUUCCUCCCGGGUGCCAUUGAGCCAGGCUAGUGGUCGGUCAGUGGUUACUUAUUCCCAGUCAGGAUCCAGCUUCUGCUCCAGCCCCCAACAUUGUGUACCCCGACUGCCAUGCGAUGACUCUGUAAGGAAACCUUCAGAGUCUGACCACAGAGGUACAUUAGGCGGAGGACAACAGAUGGUCAUGUUAAUCCAAGCAUCAGCACUAACCUCUUCCAACCCAACACACUGCCCACCACAGCGUGCACUUCCUCAGAUUCAAAUCCAGAGUGCUGUGUCACUCCAAAGCUUAGACUUCCACUCUACUCCUGAGACCCAAAGUCUUACGAGACCUGAGGGGAAUAUGGGAGCUUCACCCACCAUCAGAAAUGAAAGCUCUUACCGUCUCACGGGCAGAAUGAGGACAGAUAACAAUGAUGGAGAGAAAGUAACAGUCAAAGUGGAGGCCAUUGUUAUAUCCGACGAAGAGCUAGAGGAGGAGAAAGAGGAAAGCAAAGUGAGAGAACCAGUGAAUGAAGUAGACAAUGAGUUUGAAGAAGAAGAGCUGCACAGCCCUCAGUUUCUCUCCUCCCACCCACAGGGCCUCUUACAAAUGACCUCCCAUUCAAAUGACUACUCCUUCCCCCUCUCUCCCUCCUCUUCCUCCUCCGGUGCUGGCCCUUCCUCCCAGGACACUUCCUCCUUCGCCCUCAUUCCUCCGUCUACAGCUCAGCAGCAUUCGGACCCUUCUGCCUACUUCCAGGACUUCCAGGACUCUAUGGGGAACUUUGUGGAGGACGUUCCCACGUGUGGAGUCUGUGGAAAGACUUUCUCAUGUACAUACACACUAAGGCGCCACGCCAUUGUGCACACACGGGAACGUCCUUAUGAGUGUCGCUACUGCUACCGGAGCUACACGCAGUCAGGCGACCUGUACAGACACAUACGCAAAGCUCAUGACCACACGCUGCCAGCUAAACGCAGCAAGACAGACGUUGAGCCCUCCCUGCCUCCACAACCACCACUGCCACCACCACCUCCACCACCUCCACCUCUUAGCUAACACACACACUUUUGUAUUUCUAUACAU